UGAGAUAUAUCGAUGAGACCAGGUGAAGUAAGAGAGACAAACAGACAGGAGAGAGAUCGAGAGAGAGAGAGAGAGAGAGGAGCGGCGGGGAUAUAACAUAAUUAAUUAAUUAAUUGAAUUGUUAUUUAUAUGAGAUAGGUGGUGGUGUGCAGAUCGAUCGAUCGUCAAGGAAGUUGGUAGAUAGAGAGAGAGAGUAUAUAUCUCAUAUACAUACAUAUAGAUACAUAUAUAUAUAUAUAUCGGAUCUGGAUGAUGGAAUGGAAGAAAUGCUAUCUGGACGUGAUACUGGUGCCGUUGGGGUUCAUACUGUGCAUGGCCUACCAUGCAUGGCUUUGGCAUGCUGUCCGAACCCGACCCCUCUCCACCAUCAUCGGCACCAACUCCCGCGCUCGUCGUUUCUGGGUUGCCGCCAUUGUCAAGGACAAUGAGAAGAAGAACAUCCUGGCCGUCCAAACCCUGCGGAACACGAUCAUGGGGUCGACGCUGAUGGCGACGACGUCGAUCCUUCUCUGCUCGGGGCUGGCGGCGGUGAUCAGCAGCACCUACAGCGUCAAGAAGCCCCUAAACGACGCCGUUUACGGCGCCCACGGCGAGUUCAUGGUGGCUCUCAAGUACGUCACCCUCCUCCUCGUCUUCCUCUUCUCCUUCUUCUGCCAUUCCCUCUCCAUCCGCUUCAUCAACCAGGUCAAUUUCCUCAUCAACUGCCCCGCCGACGACGUCUCGCCGGAAUACGUCGCCGACCUUCUCGAGAGGGGCCUCACGCUCAACGCCGUCGGCAACCGUCUCUUCUACGCCGCCCUGCCAUUGCUGCUCUGGAUUUUCGGCCCCGUCCUCGUUUUCCUCUGCUUCCUCACCAUGGUGCCGGUGCUCUAUAAUUUGGACUUCGUCUGCGGCGGCUCCGCCGCGAAGAUGAACGGGAAAUUGGGCGGCGCGGAGAGUGGAAAUGUGAAUAAUAAUAAUAAUAAUAAUAAUAAUAACAACAGUAAGAAUGAGUGCCCUGACUGUGAAGCAGUGUAGAAAUUAAAUUAAAUCCUUAAUUAUAAUGCUCGUCUUCUUAAUUUCAUUAACUUUUUUCUACCAACAAAUAUUUGAAUUU